CGCAAUUUCCUCCGUUAGGCGGGUUUAACUGUCCGGAAGAGGAAGCCUCGUUCUUUUUCCGUUCUCUUGGGUUCUCGGCCCUGUGAGUGUUUUUGGGUGCGGACGCCAGAGCCGAGCCGAGCCGCCGUCGCCAUGCCUCGGAAAAUUGAGGAAAUCAAGGACUUUCUGCUCACCGCCCGGCGGAAGGACGCCAAGUCUGUCAAGAUCAAGAAGAACAAGGAUAAUGUGAAGUUCAAGGUUCGCUGUAGCAGGUACCUUUACACCCUGGUUAUCACAGACAAGGAAAAGGCUGAGAAGCUGAAGCAGUCCCUACCCCCAGGUUUGGCAGUGAAGGACCUGAAAUGAGCCAGACCUCUGCGUGUGACUAUUAAAAACCCUGGAACAUC